AUGGAAAAUGGAAAAGAUCAGAAAAUCACUUGUGAUAUGAAAACAGAUUUGAAUUUACUUCUUGAAUGUCUUAAGUAUCAAAUGGACCAUCCAAUUUCUCAAAAGGAAGCCUUGGUUACUAUUUAUUCGGUUUGUCAACAAAACAGUGCUGCCUGUGAUUAUUUUAGAGAAAUAGGUGGCUUGAUAUUUGUAUGGAAUCUUGCAAAGUCACAAAUGCACAGUUUGGUUCAAGAAGCUGCUUUAUUUACAUUAGGAGGUUUAGCUGAGAAUAAUGUGUUCUGUCAGCAGAUGUUAUGCACAGCUGAAUUAUUUAAGGAUCUUCGUACGUUUUUAACUAAUAAGGAUUCAAGUAUGAAUUUGAAAAGAAUGUCUGUAUAUGUCUUACUGGUGCUGGUUUCAAAUAAUAACAGUGGACAAACACACAUGAGAGAAUCUGGAUGCCUCAAUGUUCUGCUCCAGUUAUUCAGGAUAAUUCCUUCAGAAUCUCAAAUGAACCUUUUCGAUCAUAAAAUUGAUCAGUAUCAUCUAUGGUCCUCGGUUUGUAGUAAUCUUUGUGUAUGUGUCAACAAUCCUCAGAAUGAGGAAAAUCAGAAAGCCUGUAGUUUGGUUUUUCCAUAUGCAAAAGAUUGGCUGCAAAGUAGUAUGAAGGCUGAGAUAAUUCGCCCAAUAUGUUCAUUCAUUGGUCUCACUGUUGCAAAUAAUUCAAGAACGCAGAAUUUUUUUAUUUCUAUUGGGGGAUUAGCUGUUUUGGAUGAGCUUCUUCUCAAACUGAUACAUGGUUCAUUGGAGAACAAUACAAAUCUAAAACUUGCUGUGGUGGUAAUAAAAACAUUGGAUGCCUGCAUUGCUAACAAUGCUACAGUUGGCAUUCACUUAUCAAAGUAUAACAUUGUGCCUAAUCUACUGAAACUGCUUUCUUACAACAUUUUGGACUCAGGAGAGCGAUUCAGCAUUAUACUUACUCUUGGACAUUGUACAGAAGUCUGUGAGGAAAAUCAGUAUACUCUGAUUAAGAACAAUGGCCUUCCACUUAUGAUUCAAGCCCUAACUGAAAUGCAGGAUGAUGAACUAAAUAAAGCGGCUACCUUUGUAUUGCAAAACUGCAAACAGAUGACUGAAAAAUUGUCGGUGAAGAUGAAUCAGCAUUCAUUCCAAGAGGACGAAAGAAGAAUAUUGGAAGUAGAUUGGGAGAACAAAGAAAGGAUUCUUGAAGAUUAUUGGAAUGAAGCCAAACAAAUUUUAAACAGAAUCAAAGGGCUUGAAAAUGAACAAGAGGAAAAUAUCAGAAGAGAAAUAUUAAUUAAUGACGAUACCCCUCAAGAAAAGUUUUUUCAGGCUAUGACCCAAUACCGUCAAACAAAUUCCAGCAAGCAGCCUUUAGAGAACAGCAAAAUAUAUUCAAAAAUGAAACACCCUCUACAAAAUACUAUUUCUAAAGUGCAGAAUACUUCUAAAUUUGAAAAGAGUUCUUCUAGUAGAGAACAAUUGAAGCCUGCCAUUUGGAAUUCAACUGAUGCUUCGCUCGCUCAAAAUGAUCAUAAUAAUCUUUAUGCAGCUGAAAAAACAACAACACCCAACAUAAAUGAAGCUUAUAUUACAAAUAAAAACAGUUUUUGUGAUUUUAGGAAAGUUGAUGCCCAAGCAAGUGAAAUCAUUUUUAAGAAACCAGAUUGUGUAGUAAAAAGCCCAAUGCGAAAGAUUCAACAUUCAGGUUGUAGAAUAGGAAGACUUUCCUUAAACAGCCGAAACUUUAGCAAGACUCUACAAUCUUGUCCAUAUCUGUGUGAACAACACAAAAUUAUUCUUGAAUCUGAGAUGGAAUAUAAAAGGAAAUUGAGAAGAUCCAUUGUGGCUCACGAGAAUACUUCUGCAUAUAAUAGUAAUCACGAUGACCGGAGAGUCAGCUGCAAGAGAAGCUCAACAACUAUGAAAGAGUUAGCAAAUUUUCAAUGUGAUGCACAUUCUAAGAACCAAACAAUGAAACAGAACUAUAGCCUUCAAGACCUGGACCUGAGCGAAAACCAUCCAUUUGAAAAGGAGAGUACUGAAUGUUGCAGUAUACAGAAUACUGAAACUCUAUCAAAUAGGUCUACAACAACUUUAAAGAAAAGGAGAAUCAGGAAAGAUUUUACGUCAGAAGAAAUAAGUUAUCUUUUUGAAGGUGUAAGGAAAAUGGGGCAUCAUUGGAAUUCAAUUUUAUGGGCUUACCCAUUUCAGAAAGGACGGACGAAUGUUGAUCUUGCUAAGAAAUACUGCAAGUUACAGAAGAAUGGAAAGAGCAGAAAUACCCAACCUCGGUGA